CGCACGCACGCGUGCCUGACCUGUACCCGAGCGCGAGGAGGGGUGUGUUCGGUAUUUGUGUGUGAAAAACAAGCGCAUGCGCUCCACGAGACCCGAGACCCGGACGGGGAGCGUCAGACCGCAGCGGCUGCAGAUUUUUCCCGUCAGUCGCGGGGGGAGACGCGGCCAGGAGGCGGAGAGGACAGCAGGGAGAGAUGGGAGUACCGUAAUGCCGGGGGGAGGGAGGGAUGGACGGACGGAUUGAUUCAACGCACAGAAGCACGGAGAUUCUCACUGGACACCGCAUCAUCCACCGUAUUCCGUUCGGAAGCGACGCGGCGAUGGCUGAGGGCGAGUGAAUCUAAAGUGAUGAGAUCCGUCUGUCAGGUUGUGUAAUGGAGAGCUCCACUGGCUCCGACACCAAACCGCAGAGCCAUCCUCAUCCUCAGGUGGAGAAGAAGAGGUUAAACCGCGUGCCGUCUCCUGCCAGACCCGUCCUGAAGGAUGUCCACUCGCGAACGGCCAAACCGAUCGUGCCGAAAUCCCCCAAAUUCAACAAGCAGCACGCGUCCGCCGCGCCGGUGACGCCUCACAGCCGCGUUCCGAGACGCACCGUCCCGAGCGCGAAGGACAAACCCGCAUCAGCACCUGCAAAAAGCAACAUCAAGCCCUCAGCGACAAAAAAGGCCGUUAAGGUCACUCGGCAUGCAGCAUCCGAACCGAAACCGGCCUGCAAAGCGGUGGAUACCAAAAACAAGGCACGGCUGGCCCCGGUACGCGUCCCCACCGGACGCGGCGUCUGUCAGACGGACAGCAGCUCGGAUUUGUCCGACUGUCCCUCCGAGCCGCUGUCCGACGAGCAGAGACUCGUUCAGGCCGCCAGUAGCGACGCGGAGUCGGGCAGCGGAUCCGGUUCGAGCGAGCAGGCGGCCGGGGUUCGGGUUCGGAUCUCAGGGGUGGGAGCUGCACCUGUGCCCGGUGCGCACGCGGACAAAUGCAAAGCCGAGAAGGACGCACAAUUCAAAGCGGAGGGCAAGGAAACGGCCCAGGAGGAGCUGCUGAGGGAAAUCGAAGACCUUCGAUCGGAAAAUGACUACCUCAAGGAUGAAGUGGACGAGUUGCGAGCAGAGAUGGAGGAGAUCAGGGACAGUUACCUGGAGGAGGAGGUGUACCAGCUCCAGGAACUGCGCAGGGAACUGGACCGCUCUAACAAGAACUGCCGGAUCCUUCAGUACCGCCUGCGCAAGGCUGAACAGAAGAGCCUGCGUGUAGCUCAGACCGGACACGUUGAUGGAGAGCUUCUGCGCGGUCUGGAGCAGGACCUCAAGGUGGCCAAAGAUGUAUCUGUGCGUCUGCACAAUGAACUGGAGACGGUGGAAGACAAGCGCACACGGGCGGAGGAUGAAAACGAGCAGCUCAGGCAAAAGCUCAUCGAGGUGGAGAUCUCCAAACAGGCCCUGCAGAACGAGCUCGAGCGAGCCAAAGAGACUGCUCUGCGGAGGCGAGGCAGUAGAGAGACCUUCAAAGAUAAGAAAUCUUUAACUCAGGAGGACAGUGCGGAUCUGCGCUGUCAGCUACAGUUUGCCAAGGAAGAAUCGGCUCUUAUGCGUAAAAAGAUGGCAAAACUUGGCCGUGAGAAGGAUGAAUUGGAACAAGAAUUGCAGAAGUAUAAAUCAGUAUAUGGUGACGUGGACAGCCCUUUGCCCCUGGCAGAGGUGACCGGUGGAGGCCCCCACACCUCUCGGGAAGCCGAGUUGCGGUUACGGCUCAAACUGGUGGAAGAGGAAGCCAACAUUCUGGGAAGGAAGAUCGUAGAGCUGGAGGUGGAAAACCGCGGCCUCAGGGCGGAAAACGAAGACCUACGCUGCCAAUACGAGAGGGACUGCUUUGGGCGCGAACCCUUCUCGAGUGUCCCUACCUCACCGUAUGGUGGCGAUGCCCUGGAAUCUGCGAGUGAACUGCGGCGACACUUGCAAUUUGUAGAAGAGGAGGCAGAGCUGCUGCGGCGCUCCAUCUCUGAGAUUGAGGACCACAACAAGCAACUGACGUCUGAGCUAAACCGCUUCAAAUUUGGACCCAGCCAAGCCGACCGGGAGUCCGAGGGAGCCGAGGGUGGAAAUGGUGGCACACUCAAACCUGGUAACGGAGGAGGUUAUGGAGCAGGGAGUGGUGCCACAUUGCAGGAGGAGCUAAAAACCGCAAGACUCCAGAUCAACGAGCUAAGUGGGAAAGUAAUGAAGCUGCAGUACGAGAACCGGGUGCUAAUCUCUAACAUGCAACGCUGUGACCUGGCGGCAAACUUGGGGAUACACACCAGUAGCCCAAGGGAUAGUGAUGUGGAUAGUGAUGCCGGGAGAAGGGAAGCAGACGAGGACGAGACGGCCAGGCUUCUGCUGCUCCACCCCAAACGUGAAGGUCCUGUUGGUGGGGAAAGCGACUCUGAUGACUUGUUUGAAAAAACAGCAACUUCUGGAUUUGUCAGUGGCGAGAAAGCCUCAGAUCCUGGUGAACUGGGAGUGGCCGAGUUGGCCCAGCGAAGACGGGAAGACCGGGAGACGCUCAACAACAUCAGGCGUGAAGCUGAGCGGCUUGGUAAAACGGUGGAGCGCCUCAUCGUGGAUACAGACAGUCUGAUCCGCGAAGGUCGACUGGUUGUCCUGGGAGGGGAACUUCUUGCAGAAGGAUUGGAGUUCAGAGGCGAUGGGGGCUCUGCUGAAUCUAAACCCGACUCUCAGGUGCUGGAUUCCAUCAACACCCGCAUGAAGGCUUUCCGUUCGGAACUCCAGCAAUUCAUGGACAAAGUGGACCACCUAGGGGAGGGUCUAAGGGACCGCGUUGAUGACCUUUCCCCCAUGCCCAACCUCACCGAAUCUAGCAGCUUCCUUUCCACGGUUACCUCCAUGUCAAGGGACUCGCCUAUCGGGACACUGGGAAGGGAUCUGGUGACGGACUUCCAGUACGGGCGCAGGGAGGAGCAGGAGUGGUGCCUAGAGCGGCAGAGUGUCCCGGAGGCCCCUGGACAGGGACAGGGCGCCGCUAAGGGCUCCGUCACAGCCAGGGGAGGCCCUGGACUCAGUAGAUACACCAGACCCCACAGUUUCAGACCCGAGUGCUGGGAUUUUGAGACUGCUGUUCUGUGUUCUGAUGGGGUCCAGCUCCGUGACCCGGUCCUGUCCGAGAUGGGAACACCAACCAGAGAAACACAGCUGCGCCUGGAGCACGACAGGAGGAUGAGAGACAGCUUCACUUCAUCCAUCACUCAGGAGGAGGAGAGGAGGCGAGCCGAGGCCCGGCGAGGACUCGAGCUGCAGGGACUUCAAUCUCACGAGCCAACAUGGCCACAGGAAAGAGUCCUGCUGCAACAGGAAGUGAGGUUGUUCCGCCACAAUAUGGUCAUUGUCUACAUGAAGCUGCGCUGGAUCCUGAUGCACUGGAGGCUGGGCCGCAGGACGGAUGGACUGGAGGAGGGAGCGCAUGCUGAGGCGGGUGACAGUCGGCGGGUGCUGCAUGCGCUGCGCUCUCUGCUGGAGGAGUUCAGGGCGGAGCUCCGCGAGGAGGCCCAGCGGCGCUGGCAGCUGCAGCAGACGUUAGCCAAUGAGAGAGCGGCGUGGGAGAUACAGCGCGCUGAAAUGAGGAGUCACGUCACCAAGCUGCAGGAUAUGAGAGGUGAGUCUGCAGGCGCAGUCGCAGAUGAAGGUGCAGACUCUGCAGACGUGUUACAGCAGGAGCGGGAGGAACAGCAACGUCUGCUGGCCGACAGUCACAGCACGGCACUGGAGCUGCGCUGGAAACUGCAGCAUGGAGAAAAGCGCUGGACCCGUGAGAGGCAUGAACUACUGGAGCGGUUCGAGAAAGAGAGACAGGAGUGGGGCCGCAGCUUACGGGAAAUGCACCACAAGAUGGAAAAGAUGCAGAAAGACGUUCUUCAGUCAGAAGGAGGCGCAGCACAUGUCUUCUCCCCUCAGGAGAGCCCCUGUAAGGCUCCUAAAUCUCCACACUCCCCCUGCACAGCUGCACACUCACGCUCCCACUCCGACUCGGAGGCCACGCUGGAGGAGAAGGGGGCGAUGGGCAGACACAGACCCUUUGAGGGACACCUGCCCCCAGGGAGCCUGUUCCUGGAUGCCCUCUCUCUGGAUCCUCUGAGCGAAGCCAGAUCCUCUGUGCCUCCUCCAUCACGUCUGGAGAACGAAAAGAGGUUCCCUCACCUGAAAGAAGUAAGAGACAGAGCACUGAAUGAGAUUUCUGAGAGUGUGGAUCCUGCCAUUUACCCUGAGGAAGAGAAGAGCAGUGGUAGCCUACUCAGGGCGAAGUCAGUUUGCUCCAUGAGCGACUUCCAGCGUUUGAUGGACAGCUCCCCCUUCCUACCAGAUAAGAGCAAGCCUAGCGAGCAUGGACGGGACGAUGUGACUCCUCCCCUUUCACCAGAUGACCUGAAAUACAUUGAGGAGUUCAAUAGUAAGGGUUGGGAUCUGCCCACCAGCUCCGUGGCUGCUUGCCCCAUUCCUGGCCCUGUAAUCCCCUCUCCAGUGAUGGAGGCAUGGACAGAAAGGGCAGAAUCCCGAAGGGCCGAGUCUACUUCAGAAGCAUUCCAGCCAGCCUCUUGGUACCUGACCACCAGCGCUACCUUGACCACCAACACCAUGAGUAGCCCUGAGUACUGCCAAAAGCUCCCACUCAGGGCGGCCCAGGGGGGUGAACAGUUUGGGGUGAAUGUUCUCCACAGUCCCGUUCAAGGGGAGCAGUCUGCUCCAGGCCCCCCUGAGCAGGAGUACAUGUUCUCCAAAGUGACCAACGUAAAGGGAGAGGAGGUAGUAGGAGGUGCUGAGGAGGUGUUUGGAGGAAGGCCGUGUGAGCUUAGGAGUCAUAUGGAGGCAGGACUUAGGCCUGGAGAACGUCCAUCGAUUUGCACAGCAGUCGGGUAUACCUCAUCGUUAGAGCUGGAGCUGUCACGGAAUCUGAGCGACGACAUGAAAGAAAAGGUGUUUUGUGCCCGAAAUGCCAUCCAAUUAUCUUCUGCAUCCGGAUCCAGCCCUCCAGAAAGGCAGCUACGGGACAUGGCAUGCCAGACGAAUGGUUUAACCACACGGGGAACACAGACCACCCAGACCAUCAGUGUGGGAUUGCAAACAGAGGCUCUUCGCACCCUCACAAGCAGCCCUCACCGCUGUCUGACACCCAAAGGAGGCUCCACACCCAUCUCAUCUCCCUCUCGUAGCCUGAGAAAGAUGCAAUACUCUCCAGUUGUACAGGCCAAGUUUGAACGCUCAUGUUGUUCACCGAAAUACGGUUCACCCAAGCUCCAAAGGAAACCUUCUAAUUCUGGUAAAUCAGAACAACCUGCCAGCCUAAUACGUGCUCCCACCCCAACAACCACUGCCCAGCAGCAAAAAGGGAACAACGAAUCCGCUUGGGCCCGUUCGACCACGACCAGAGACAGUCCCGUUCACACCACCAUCAACGAUGGCCUCUCCAGCCUCUUCAGCAUCAUCGACCACACGCCCAUCGCUUACGACCCCUUGCAGAAAUUCAACAAGUCCCCAAGCCGCUCUCGUCCCACUGAAGCAGGGCCUCAAGGGCCAGCGGACCCCAAAUCUCCCAGUGUUUGUGCUACACAGGGGCCUUUGAGGAACUCUCGGGGCCGGUCCCCAAGCCCUGUGCAGCUGAUUGUAGAGACGCAAGGCGAGAAAUCUCCAGAGGUGAUUAGCAUCAGACAGGACCUGUCCGCUCCCCCGGGCUACACGCUAGCUGAGAACGCAGCACGAAUCUUGAAUAAGAAACUACUGGAGCAGAGCUUCAGAGAAGAAAGGAGGCUUUCCACUUCAUCUGCAGCUGCUCCGAACAAAACCGGAGACACCGAGAAACCAGAAUGUCUUGAGGACUUGCCUCGUUCACCAGUGGCUCCACCUCUGGACUCCUGCUUCUUGCGUCCGGCCUGUCCUGCCAACCGCCGCCCUCCGUCCCGCUGGGCCGCCCACUCGCCCUCAUCCUCACCCAACUGCAAAGACCGAAGGGAGAUGUUCCGCUUCCCCUCGCCCGUCAGACCGGUUCAGACCAUCCCGGAGACAGAGGAGCCCGGUCAGGAGGUUUUCCCUUAACCAGCCUAGACUACAUCCUUCUGUCACCUCAAUCAAGAUGUAGAACAGUAGCUUAGAAUUUCACUUCUAAAAUGCCCAAAAAAGGGAAAUAUUGUGUUAUAAAUCAAGAUUGUAUUUUAUGCUUUCACUCUCCUUUACCAUCCUGUUCCUGACCACACGUACGCACACCGCCGGAGCGACGGAACCAUCGAGAACCUUUCUAAAAACUAUUUUAACUGCCCUGCCACUAGAGGGCAGAGUUCUGUGAGCACCAGCUGAACUGAUCCAAUCGGAAACAGUUCUAGAAAUUCCGUUUCGGAAUUAUCAAGGACCUGGAAUGUACUGACGCAAAACACCGCAAAGUGUUCCAUAAGAGGUGCCUACACACGCGUGACCUCGCGACGGUCCCGUACCCGUGUGUGUCCGUGUACAUGUAUGCAAUACAUACCACUCGAUAUGUGUUGGUCAUGAAGCCGCAAACUUCUUUUCAGAUGUUCUGAAAAAUCGAACUGGAUAGUAAUAACGUUUGUCGGAACAGCAUACAAGUUUACAUGUGUUGAUUUUUGUUCAUUUUGGAGGGGUGAAUAUCAUUUGUCAAAUGAUGUUCCGUGUAUAUAGUUUAUAAAACUAUUUUCUUAAUUUCCGCGUACAUCUCGUUUCGUUGGAAACCUUUGAUGCUUGAAUUAAAAAAGACUCAGUUGUAUUUGUAAAGAGAAUGAGAUAAAAACACACACACACACACACUCUCUAGUUCGACAGGGACUAAUGAUACAUGAUGUCAAUCAUAAUGUAUUUUAAAACCCAAUGUAAAACUGAAUGUUCGACUCCGUACACGGUGGCAGGAGAGUAUAUUCACACACUGAUUAUCCUUAUGCACAUUUCCCAAGUCACAAAAUCCUGAAGGAAUAUGUGCAGGAUUCCAGUUGGAAGUUACGUCGUAAUUUGAAGCCAAUUGUAAAGGAGUUUAUUAACUGUAACAUGUAAACCUGCUCUGGAUGAAACGUGCUGAAAAAACCAAGAGGAAAAAUAAAAAUAAAACUCAACAUGUUUCCCUCAGAUCUGAGAUUUAAAUGCAUGAAUAUUUAAUAAGCCAUCCAUUGAGGCAGGCUCUGAUUGGUUGUUUGUUGCUUAGCAACUCAUUGUAACAUUCUAGCACUGCAUUGUUUUAUACUGUAGACGUUUGGCAGCAAACUACAGGACUAAUGUUUAAAAGUGAUACAAACCUAAAAUUAAAAGUGUGCAACAUUGCUCACUGAACCUUAAAGUAAUAGUUGACCCCAAAAUGAACAUUUGCUGAAAAUGUACUCACCGUCUGGCCAUGCAAGAUGUAGAUGAG